UCAACGUCCUACAUGUUGCCUCCAGGUCAUGCGAUUUGUACAUUCCUUGAUGGUGGUGUUGGACUCUAUAAUUUUGCCAAAAGAAGUUGGGACUUUUUGAGAGAUAUGGGACACGUUGAGACAAUAUUUGAGUGUCAGUUUAAACCAGACAAUGCAGACUACCUAGCAACCGCAUCCUUUGAUGGCACUAUCAAAGUUUGGGAUGUGAACACCAUGACGUGUGCACUUGCCUCGCAUGGCAAUGAAGGAGUCAUCUACUCAAUAUCUUGGGCUCCAGGUAAGGUGAUGUGUCUGUCCACAUAG